GAAGCUCACGAGCGGUCAGCCAGUUGCUCUCUCUCGCCACCCAGCAACCCAGUGACCCAGGCUCCGAGGCAACUGCCUGCCAGACUCGUGUGAAAGUGGCGCCGCCGUCACACGAAAACACGAGCGGAGGUCGGUGUGGCCACGAAGCGAGCCGAGCAGGAGAUCUCGUCUUCGGCCGGCGCUAUGAAGCGGUCUCCCAGAACUGCCCAAUUCCACAUCGUCCAGCCGGAAUCACACCCAUUGCAUCGUGGGGGCCACGAAAUGUGUCUGGAGCAGAUUCAGGAGUCACCCUCUCCGGCUUGUGUCUGAGAAACUGCCCUACCCGCAACAGAACCGCAUCAAAGUGUGAAGAAAAAUUGGGUUUCGAGGAAUCUCUAAAACUUACAUUUUGA